AUGGCUUCGUCAGCUGCAUCACGAUCUAAGGAUCCUGAAACAAGUGCAUCUCAGAAUCAAUCUGGUUCUUUAUUAUUGUCACGCUCUUCUCGUGCUUCUCAAUCUUCUGUACGUGAGUCUUCUACAAAACGGUCUCAAAUACCAAAGUCAAAACGAAAAAAUUCGUCAGGUCGAUUGGUACCAUAUACUUCACCGAAACUUUCGCGUGCUAAUCAAUCAAAUGACACAACAGCUAGUGUUACUACUAACGAUUUUGUCCAAGACGCUGGUUUUGAUCUUACUAACAUCGACAUGAAUAUUGAUUAUACCUUAUUUCAAGGCAACAAUGUAUCACAAGGACAAGAUCCAUUUGAAAAAUCGUCAGACGACGAAAAAGAGAAUGAUGCAAAGAAAAACGAUCAUCCUCACUCAACAUCCUCGUUUGUGGUUACGGAUUAUUUUGCAAUGGGAAGCAAAGAUAACACAUACGUAUGCAACACGUGUCAACAAGAAAAAAUAACAAAUGGAAGCUCAACCUUUAAUCUUCGUCGACAUCUAGCGCUUCGGCACAAUAUUGAAACCGGUAUCAACGUUUCUUCAUAUCGGAAGAAGAGAGAACAAUGCGAACAAACAACUACCAUUAAUAAAAAACGUCGGGCCGAAGUAGAUGACUUACUGAUGAAAUGUAUAAUUCAUGGUGGUCUACCAUACAACCACUUUGGUCAUCCGUGGUUUCACACCUUGUUUGAUAAUCUUCUACCAGGUUAUACUCCUCCAGAUCGGCGAACAUUUCGAAAGCGAAUUAAACUCGAAUAUGAUGCAUACAUUAGUGAAGUCAAGCAAUUAAUUCCAAAAGAUAAACCAAUUGCUUUUACCACAGACAUCUGGAAGAGUUCAACCAGACAUCAUUACAUAUGUCUUACUAUUCACUUAUUUGACCAUGAAUUAAAACCAUUUUCAUUACUCUUAUCUUUUCGUCGUCUAACUGGUCGAAAGAUCAGCAAGAAUCUACACGAUUAUCUGCAAUAUGAAUUAAAACGAUUUGAUCUUCAAACCGCAUCUUAUGCGGGUAUUACAACGGACAAUGGAAGUGACAUAAAAGCUGCCACAAAAACAGGAAUAUGUGGCCCUCGUUUUCCAUGCAUUGCACAUACCUUAAAUCUGAUCGUUAACCACGGCAUUUGUAUUUGGGACAAGCCAAGCGAAAAACGAUACCCUUUCAAAUCAUACAGCAAGAAUGCCGUAACCGACGAUGAUGAUGAUGAUGAUGAAUAUAUUGACAUUGAUGACGAUGUCGAAGAAGAGGCUGUUGAUGCUGAAGAAGCUUACAAACAGGAGCAGUGCAAGAAUAACAAUAACAGCAGCAGUAGUAGUGACGUCAGUAGCAGCAGCGCCAACGCAGAAACAAAUGAAAUUGCUGACCUGGCCGUGCCGUUCGACGAUGCCACCGUUUCUUCUGUCGCAUCAAUCAAUGUUCCAGUAGACGACGAAUACAUCAGCGGUGAUGAAGAUGAUACAAUCGGUUCUUCUAUUGAAUUUCAUACGUUAAACAACAGUGAACUAGAAACCCUUUUCAGUUUUCUUUGUAAAACGCGUACAUUAAUUGCUCGAGUACGAAAAUUAGCACAAACUAUGAAGAAUGUCACUGCAAUUGAUCAGUUCAUUCGUAAUAAUCCAAAUGGACCAAUAAGUGGUUUUGUGACCGAUAUGCGAACCAGGUGGUCCAGCUGUUUCUACAUGCUGAAACGACUUAUUGAUUAUCAAUUGAUUGUUCAAACAGUUCUUAUUUCUAAGUUUCCGACAAUUUCAAGUGAUCAACAAGCUACUUUAGCGAAAUGUUUUUUGGAUCCAGAAAGUUGGGAAAUUAUACGAGCUGUUCAUGAUAUUUUGCAACCACUCGAACUUGCAACAUCGGCUUUAUCUGGAAAACAUUAUCCUACUUUAUCAUUAGCUUACACAACUAUCAGCAUUCUUCGACUUGGUUUAAAACCAAGCCGAGACGAUUCGAAAUGUUUGAUUCUGCUCAAGAAAAGCAUUCAGGCUCAAUUUGAAUACUAUUUCGACUAUCAAUUGUCUAAACAACAAAAGGAAUUAAUGUUGAUUGCAAGUUUUCUGGAUCCUGAGACUUUUGUUGAUAUUUCACCUGAAGAUAAACAGAAAGUUAAAGCUAUUCUCCCAGCUUAUAUGCGAAAGGAAGCACAGUAUACUAUUCAAUCAACGACUUCAACGCCUGUGGUUAUCCAUAAACCAGCUCAAUCUUUAACUGAAAAAUUGAAGAUGAUGGUCGGUAUAUCAACAACUGUGCGAGCAACUCGACCACCUUCGGUAGAAGAUGAAAUCAUCUUAUUUAACCAAGCAAUUCAAUCAUACAACGGUUCUUUUUCAGCAUUUUGGUUACAAUUCAGAGAUCAAUUUCCUCGUCUAUAUCGUGUGGCAUUACGAGUGAAUAUUAUACCAGCUACAUCGGUACCAAGUGAAACUAUCUUCUCUAUUGCUGGCUUUAUCUCAAGAAAACAACGAAGUUCUUUGUCAUCAACAUCAUUGCGACACCUAAUGGUCUUGAAAGAAAGUCAUAAAUUAGAGAAAUUACGUAAUAUUUCUCGUAACUGA